ACCCACACGGGGGAGAAACCAUAUCGAUGCAUGGAGUGUGGAAAGGGCUUUAGUAAUAGCAGUGAUCUUACUGUGCAUAGAAGAACCCACACAGGGGAGAAACCAUAUCAAUGCAUGGAAUGUGGAAAGCAUUUUAGUCAAAGUCAUAACCUUAAUGCACAUCAAAAAACCCACACAGGAGAGAAACCUUAUGAAUGUAUGGCAUGUGGAAAGAGCUUUAAUACGAGUCAAAUGCUUACUCAACAUCAGAGAACCCAUACAGGAGAGAAACCGUAUAAAUGCAUGGAGUGUGGAAAGAGCUUUUGAGUAAGCAAGAGCCUUACUGUACAUCAGAGAUUUCACACAGGGGAGAAACUACAUCAAUGCAUGGAGUGUGGAAAGAGCUUAAAUAUAAGCAGGAGCCUUACUGUACAUCAGAGAACCCACACAGGGGAGAAACCUUAUCAAUGCAUGGCGUGUGAAAUGAGCUUCAGGCAGUACAGUACCCUUAGGACACAUCAAAGAAUACACACAGGGGAGAAACCAUAUCAAUGCAUGGAAUGUGGGAAGAGCUUCAGCAAAAGCAGUAACCUUAAGAUACACCAAAGAACUCACACAGGGGAGAAACCAUAUCAAUGCAUGGAAUGGGGAAAGAACUUUAAUAACAGAAGUCAAUUUACUUCACAUAGAAGAAACCACACCGGGGAGAAACCAUAUCAAUGCAUGGAAUGUGGAAAGAGCUUCAGUACGAGCAGUAGCCUCAUUGUACAUCAAAGAACCCACACAGGGGAGAAACCAUAUCAAUGCAUGGAAUGUGGAAAGAGCUUUACUAACAGCAGUCCGCUUACUACACAUAGGAGAACCCACACAGGGGAGAAACCAUAUCAAUGCAUGGAAUGUGGAAAGGGCUUUAGUAACAGCAGUCAACUUACUACACAUAGAAGAACCCACACAGGGAAGAAACCAUAUAAAUGCAUGGAGUGUGGAAAGAGCUUCAGCGUAAGCGGUGGCCUUAGAGUACAUUAA